GUUUUUUACUCCGCCGAAUCUCUCUUCUGUCCUUUUCUUUCUCCCACUCUCUUGUCUUUGUCUUCUCCUCCACCUUUCCCCAUUUCCUCAGAUUUCUUCAGUCUGUUUCAUUCUCCGGUGCAUCGCCGAUGGAAGCUACGCUACUCAACCCCGCGUUUCACAAUUCCCCAAGUCUCAAUCUUGCGAAUUCUUUACGACCCAUCUCCCGAUUUUUAUUAACCAACUGGAACUGUCGAUCGAGGUUUGGCGUGCCUGGGUCUCUCUCCCUCCGUCUCUCUGCAGCUUCUCCGAUCCGAUACUCGAGGGGGCUACUACGGGUUGAUGAGAGUGAGUAUUUGACACUUGACAGCAUAAGGCACUCUUUGAUUCGUCAAGAGGACAGCAUUAUCUUUAACCUUCUUGAACGAGCUCAGUAUCGCUACAACCCUGAUACAUAUGACGAGGAUGCCUUUACUAUGGAAGGGUUUCAAGGAUCUUUGGUCGAGUUUAUGGUCAGAGAAACUGAAAAGCUCCACGCAAAGGUGGACAGGUACAAGAGUCCUGAUGAGCAUCCUUUUUUCCCACAAUGCUUGCCAGAGCCUAUCCUUCCCCCGAUUCAAUACCCACAGGUUUUGCAUCAUACCGCAGAUUCGAUAAACAUCAACAAGAAGGUGUGGAACAUGUAUUUCAGACACCUUCUUCCCAGACUGGUCAAGCCUGGGGAUGAUGGUAAUUGUGGUUCAGCUGCUCUCUGUGACACAAUGUGUUUGCAGAUACUUUCAAAGAGAAUUCACUAUGGGAAAUUUGUUGCUGAGGCCAAGUUUCGUGAAAAUCCUGCUUCCUAUGAAACAGCUAUCCGAGAACAAGACCGGACACAGCUGAUGCGGCUUCUAACGUACGAAAAUGUUGAAGAAGUAGUCAAGAAGAGAGUUGAGAUCAAAGCCAGAAUUUUUGGUCAAGACAUAACAAUCAACGAUCCAGAAACUGGAGCAGAUCCUUCCUACAAAAUCCAACCUAGCUUAGUUGCAAAACUCUAUGGAGAGAGGAUCAUGCCCCUCACAAAGGAAGUCCAAAUUGAGUACUUGCUUAGAAGGCUGGAUUAAUGUUUUUGAAAGAAGAAAGCAUAUCAUUUGUAUUGAUCCUAAAUUCCAAAGACUAUGUGUUGACACAAGCUAGCGAGUCAAGUUAAUUUUAUUACAGAUGUAAAACUAAAGAUAAAAAUAAAUGAACUUGACU